CCGCGCCGGGGCCCCCGCCCCUCCAGGAAGGGGAGGAGGCGAGGGCAGCCCGCGGCCCAGGCCGAGCGACCCCCCGGCCGGCCGCGCCCGGGGAAGCCCUGCCCAUGAGGUGGACGCCCCCCGCGAGGACUCGGGUGCGAAGCGGGGCGCGAAGGUAACCGUGCGGCCGCGGGCCGGGGAGGGGCAGCGCCUCUGGGGGCUUGGCCGCGCGGGGAUGUUUCCUCCGCCACCUCGGUGUGUGCAACGCCCAGGUCUUGAGUCAGAGCACCAUUCUUGGGGACCCUGGAACGCUAUCAUGGAGACUGAGAGCGAGCAGAACUCUAGCUCCGCCAAUGGGAGUUCCAGCUCAGGGGGCAGCUCUCGGCCCCAGAUAGCUCAAAUGUCCCUGUAUGAACGGCAAGCAGUGCAGGCUCUGCAAGCGCUGCAGCGGCAGCCCAAUGCAGCUCAGUAUUUCCACCAGUUCAUGCUCCAGCAGCAGCUCAGUAAUGCCCAGCUGCACAGCCUGGCUGCUGUUCAACAGGCUACAAUUGCUGCCAGUCGGCAGGCCAGCUCCCCAAACACCAGCACUGCACAACAGCAGACCAGCACCACCCAGGCCUCGAUCAAUCUGGCUACCACCUCAGCUGCCCAGCUCAUCAGCAGAUCCCAGAGUGUGAGCUCUCCCAGUGCCACCACCUUGACCCAGUCUGUGCUACUGGGCAACACCACUUCCCCACCCCUCAACCAAUCCCAGGCCCAGAUGUACCUGCGGCCACAGCUGGGAAACCUGUUGCAGGUUAACCGGACCUUGGGCCGGAAUGUGCCUCUAGCCUCCCAACUCAUCCUGAUGCCUAAUGGGGCAGUGGCUGCAGUCCAGCAGGAGGUGCCGCCCGCUCAGUCUCCUGGAGUUCAUGCAGAUGCAGAUCAGGUGCAGAACUUGGCUGUGAGGAAUCAACAGGCCUCAGCUCAAGGACCCCAAAUGCCUGGCUCCACUCAGAAGGCCAUUCCUCCUGGAGCAUCUCCUGUUUCUGGCCUCUCCCAGGCCUCUAACCAGGCCUUAGCUGUGGCACAAGCUUCUGGGGCCUCAGGCCAGUCACUCAACCUUAGUCAAGCUGGAGGAGGCAAUGGGAACAGCCUCCCAGGGUCCAUGGGUCCAGGUGGAGGUGGCCAAGCACCUGGGGGUUUAGGUCAGUUGCCUUCCUCAGGAAUGGGCGGUGGAAACUGUUCCAGGAAGGGCACUGGAGUGGUACAGCCCUUACCUGCAGCCCAAACAGUGACUGUGAGCCAGGGCAGCCAGACAGAGGCAGAAAGUGCAGCGGCCAAGAAGGCAGAAACAGAUGGAAGUGGCCAGCAGAACGUGGGCAUGAACCUGACGCGGACAGCCACCCCUGCCCCGAGCCAGACUCUUAUCAGUUCAGCCACAUACACACAGAUCCAGCCCCAUUCACUGAUUCAGCAACAGCAGCAGAUCCACCUCCAGCAGAAACAGGUGGUGAUCCAGCAGCAGAUUGCCAUCCACCACCAGCAGCAGUUCCAGCACCGGCAGUCCCAGUUGCUUCACACAGCUACACACCUCCAGUUGGCGCAGCAGCAGCAACAGCAGCAGCAGCAGCAGCAGCAGCAGCAGCAGCAACAGCAGCAGCAGCAGCAGCAGCAGCAGCAGCAGCAGCAGCAGCAGCAAGCAACAGCCCUCACUGCCCCUCAGCCCCCGCAGGUCCCACCUACUCAGCAGGUCCCACCUUCGCAGUCUCAGCAGCAAGCCCAGACCCUGGUGGUUCAGCCCAUGCUUCAGUCUUCACCCCUGUCUCUUCCACCUGACCCAGCUCCCAAGCCGCCUAUCCCCAUCCAGUCCAAACCACCUGUAGCACCUAUUAAGCCUCCUCAAUUAGGGGCUGCUAAGAUGUCAGCUACCCAACAACCACCACCUCAUAUCCCUGUGCAAGUUGUGGGUACCCGGCAGCCAGGUACAGCACAGGCACAGGCUUUGGGAUUGGCACAGCUGGCAGCUGCUGUACCUGCUUCUCGGGGGAUGCCAGGUGCAGUACAGCCUGGCCAGGCCCAUUUGGCCUCCUCACCACCUUCAUCCCAGGCUCCUGGUGCACUGCAGGAGUGUCCUUCUACAUUGGCCCCUGGGAUGACUCUUGCUCCUGUGCAGGGAACAGCACAUGUGGUAAAGGGUGGGGUUACCACCUCCUCACCUGUUGUAGCCCAGGUCCCUGCUGCCUUCUACAUGCAGUCUGUGCACCUGCCGGGAAAACCCCAGACCUUGGCUGGGAAACGCAAAGCAGAGUCUGAGGAGGAGAGAAAUGAUGUCUCCACAUUGGGCUCAAUGCUUCCUGCCAAGGCCUCUCCAGCAGCAGAGAGCCCAAAGGUAAUGGAGGAGAAGAACAGUCUUGGAGAGAAAGCUGAACCAGUGACCAGUUUGAAUGCAAAUACUCCAAGCAGUGAACCAGUAGCCUUGACCUCUGUACCAUCAGCACCAACUCCUACGCUGGCCAUGGUGUCCAGACAGAUGGGUGACUCAAAACCCCCACAGGCCAUUGUGAAGCCCCAGAUUCUCACGCACAUCAUUGAAGGCUUUGUUAUCCAGGAAGGAGCAGAACCUUUCCCGGUGGGAUGUUCUCAGUUACUGAAGGAUUCUGAGAAGCCGCUGCAGACUGGCCUCCUGACAGGGCUGAAUGAGAAUCAGCCAAGUGGUCCUUUAGGAGACAGCCCCUCUGUUGAGUUAGACAAGAAGGCAAAUCUCCUGAAGUGUGAAUACUGUGGGAAGUACGCGCCGGCGGAGCAGUUUCGUGGUUCAAAGAGAUUCUGCUCCAUGACGUGUGCAAAGAGGUAUAACGUGAGCUGUAGUCACCAGUUUCGCCUGAAGAGGAAAAAAAUGAAAGAGUUUCAAGAAGCCAACUAUGCUCGUGUUCGGAGGCGUGGGCCCCGUCGCAGCUCUUCUGACAUGGCCCGUGCCAAGAUCCAGGGCAAGCGCCAUCGGGGUCAGGAGGACUCUAGCCGGGGUUCAGACAAUUCCAGUUAUGAUGAAGCACUCUCUCCAACAUCUCCUGGGCCACUGUCAGUCAGAGCUGGCCAUGGAGAACGUGACCUAGGAAAUACCAUAACAGCUCCACCUACACCAGAAUUACAUGGCAUCAACCCUGUGUUUCUGUCCAGUAAUCCUAGCCGAUGGAGCGUAGAGGAAGUCUAUGAGUUUAUCGCUUCUCUUCAAGGGUGCCAAGAGAUUGCAGAGGAGUUUCGUUCCCAGGAAAUUGAUGGACAGGCCCUUUUAUUACUUAAAGAAGAACAUCUUAUGAGUGCCAUGAACAUCAAAUUGGGUCCUGCCCUCAAGAUCUGCGCCAAGAUAAAUGUCCUCAAGGAGACCUAAGUUGGCCCUCUUGCACAGAUCAGCCUAAGGCAGACACUCCCAACUGUUCAGGUUAUAACCUGGAACUGGCAAACUUGGCAGGGAAGAAAGAGUUCUUCCUGUCAUGUGACCUGAGGGAGAUUAUAGACAGGGAAGAGAAGUGCAAGGAUUGUUGCUGGUGCUACAUGGUGGCAGCUUUGCCGUUUUCUCUGGGUUUCACUUUAGAAAAACAACUUAAUGACUCGCAUCAUUCCCACCUACCCUAAUUCAAUCUUGAAACGGGCAGUCUGGAGAACCAGGGCUGCUGUCUUAUCCUGGAGUGGAGCAUCUAGGACAGGGUCUCAGUCUCCGAGAGGAGAAAUGUAUGGUAAGGCAAGGAAAUGGGUGGAAUGUAGGUUUGCCUCCCCAGUGGGGAGGUAGGGUUUCCUAGCUUGUGUGCAACAAGUAGCAAAAUCUACUCCCCUUCUCCCCUCUGGAUUGUCUCACUGUGGCUGUGGCUCAGAGUUUUCUCUUUGUUAUCACUUACUCCCUUAGUAUUAUUUCUUCCUGCAUCCAUGGCAGGCGCCCCAGCCAGUGUAGACACGUGUAGACACUUGGUUGGUAUCUCAUUUGCUGCAGGGACUGAAAGUGUUUGACUGGCACGUGCGGCUGUUGUCGUUCUUUCUGCAUCCCCGUCCCUUCCAAUUUGUUAACCUUGAACCCUGCCUUUCUUUUCCAUUCCAACUCUGCUCUGUCCUAUAGCUUUAUAACAGGAGUGUGUGGGACUGAAGUCAGGAUUGUAAGUACCUGCCUUAGGCACUAUUCCUUAUACAACAAAAUAUUAAAUAUUUUUUCUUCCUCAGUAAAAGGAUGGAAAUUGGUCUC